AUGAAUUCAGGGGAUUUGGGGGCUCAACAUCCUCCUUUCCCGCGGCUGUGCAAUGAGAGCUUCCACUCUUGGUUUGCUGUUUUUUCUUCUUUUCUUUCCUCUUCCGUGGCUGAAUCUGAUGGAGGAAAAGAGGUGAAAAUAUAUGCUGGUCCAAGGGAUGCUUCUGACAGCAUGCGGGAUGGUAUUCAUCGGUUCUUUGGAUGUCUCUGGCUUGGGACUGGUUUCCAGCAGCUUUGCUUAAGGAGUCUGCCAUCUACUCUUCACGUGUCCUCUGCUUUCUCCAAAAAUUGA